AUGUCACCCGAGGAACAUCCCCAACAAGCUGACACAACCUCCUGUCCAACAUCUCAUAGUAGACCGGCAGCGGAUCCCGGGAGAGAAAAUCCAGGCACCUCAUCAACCCUAAGCGACUCCAGGAACGCAAUGAUGUUGAGGGAUGGCCUCCCGUACAGACCACGAAUGUCCUCCGGAGAAACUACCUCAAAGCCUCAUACAUUUUCGGAUGGGAGGAUGGCGUACGGAAGAUCAGCGUUGCCUUUCCGCUCAAUGCCGGUAGAUGUGGACCGUUCAGAGCACACUUUCAGAGCUGUAACUGGCAUGAGCAGUGGCGCGGACAGAAUGCUAGUGUCUCGCGGAAGCGGAGAGUAUACGCACAGAAAAUCGAGUCGAAAACCGAACGAAGAAGAUCCGCAAGGAAAGGAUGAAGCUACUGAAUUAGGGAAAGAGGCGUGUAUCGAGGCUGGAGAAGGUCGCAAUCAUAUGCUGGGCAGUCGGACGUCAGAACUUGGUACCCAGUCUCAAGAGAGAAGGUCCACUGAUGUAGACAUGGGCAUAGGAAAGAAACCCGGGAACGAGGUUGCGGAAUUUGUUGUCCCCGAUGACGAAGAUGAUGACGACGACCUCUUUGCGCAGAGCUACAGGGCAGCGAGUAGAAAACUGUUCUGCUCUUACAAGAACUCCUAG